AUGACGACUCAUCGAAAUGUAGCAUUAGACCCGCGUCACUUCGUAAUAAUCAAACCGCUUCCGAUUCCUAAACCGUCGGGAGAAAAGCUCCAGGCCCGGAGCAGCACGGUGUGGUCCGCCUGUCAGCCGACCAGGGAGCAGGUGUUCUGGGAUAACUAUCACCGGCGACAGCGCCAGCUGAGCCGGCAGGGCUACAGAGCAGCCCCCUGGAGACCGUAUGAGGAGGUCGGACAACCGCUCUACCUGGAAACCAAGAGACUCAUACUGGAAUCACUGGGACAACCUGUGGAAGAGGUUAUUGUUUCCCCCCGCCUUGUAUGUGUCUGGAGAUUGUGUCCAAUAGAAUAAUAAUAAUUUAGGCUACUGAGUAGGCCUAGUUGACAUAUGUGACAGUUUAUGGUAGGCCAGCCUAAAUAGCCCACAAAGUAUGCCUAAAUAUGUAUUAUCCUUGAUAGAGGCCUACCAUGUAGCCUACUACCAACACGUCCAAUUACACAAGGCCAUGACACUCCAUCACAACAUGAAUUUGCAUUUUUUACACAAAAAUGAACACCAGUGUUAUUUGUCAUUAUAUUAUAAUAAUGAUGAGUGAAGAUGAAAGUUUUCGUUAUUGUUGGAUAAGUCAUGUAUUAUUAGUAUUUCAUGUUCCUUCCUUCUCUCUCGUGCGGGCUCUCUCUCUCGCGUUUCAUGUACCCUCUUUUCCAUUGAACUCGGUUGCCCUGUAUGCCAGUGAUAUUUUCUCUCUGGCAGGCGGUGGUGUGUGUGGUGUGUGAUGUGUGUGAGCACUCAUUUCAUGGCAGGCUGUCUAUCGCCCCAUUAAUCAGUCCCGUCCCCUUGGACGUCACACACGCACAAACACACACUCAGCCCCGACACGUAACACCAUUUACUCUUAAUGGACAGUGAUCCUCUGCACUAAACAGAUCAGUGACACAGAGAGUGUGUCUGUCUGUCAUCACAAAUCAAAUAUUCCCUCAGCCCUAGCUCUCAUGCCUCAAAAUUACGUUAAAACCCCUUCUCAAUUCUGUCCCUAGCCUCCCAAAGCAAGAGGGUUCAGCUCAGUAGAUGUGAAAGAUGCAGACACACAUUGGCCAGUUUACUUUAACCAGCCUCUGUGGGAUUUCAGUAGCUAUUAGAUUUUCCCCUUUAAUGUUAUCCCAGCUUGACCUUUUGGCUAUAGAGUGAAUAUUCCAUAUCCUGUUUAGAUAAUUAACAUGGAGGCCCAUCGUUUGUCUCCCUCUGUACACAGCCUCUCUCCAUAGUCCCUAAUAAAUGCAUCUGAAGUAAGACAUAAGAGAGCAGGCAUCAUUUAAAUGGCGAUUAUACCUGUGCUUUAGGCUGGCAGCAGGGCCAUCACAGCCAAUCAGCAGGCUUUAAAUAGCAACAGCAGUUACAUGGAGUAUUGGCACCUAAUGCAUCAUGGGAGAAUGUGAAAUGGGUGGUUUAUUCCUGUGGACAUUGCAUUCAUCAUAGCUAUCGGGGGACGCUCAGUUGCUGAGGCAGCUAGGCAGUUUGCCUGGCAAGCAGAGCGGAGGAGGCAGAGUCCAUACUAAAAGUGACACUAAAAUGGAGAGGAGGCUUAUAUCCUUGAAUGCUGGAAACUUGGUCCCCCCCUCUCUCUCUCUUUCUUUCUCUCUCCCUCUCUCUCUCUCUCUCUGUCGCUGUCUCUUUUGAGUCAUCUCAUUCAGGUGGUGUCAGAAGCAGUAGGAGACUACGAUAAUAUAACGUUAAUCUUACAUGAGGAAUUGCUAUUUGUUCACUGAGUUGCAUCCCUUGAAAUGUGUUAGUGAAGACUCAGUUGUGUGAUCAACUGUUACAAAGGCUGUGUUGAGCAGUCGUACUACACCUACCACAGGAGGCUGCUGAUAGGAGGAUGGCUCAUAAUAAUGUCCGGAAUGUCAUGGAAACCAUGUGUUUGAUGUACAGUGCCCUCCGUAAUAAUUGGGACUGUGAAGCAUUUUGUCUUCUUUUGGCUCUGUACUCCAGCACUUUGGAUUUGAAAUGAUACAAUGACUAUAAGGUUAAAGUGCCGACUGUCAGCUUUAAUUUGAAAAAAAUGUUUCUCCCACUUUGACAUUACAGAGUAUUUUCUAUAGAUCAAUGACAAAAACAAUUACAUUCAUUUCAAUCCCACUUUGUAACACAACAAAAUGUGAAAACAAUCCAAGGGGGGUGAAUACUUCUGACACCCACUGUAGGUGACACAGGAGGUUGGUGACACCUUAAUUGGGGAGGACGGGCUCGUGGUGAUGGCUAGAGCGGAGUGAGUGGAAUGGUAUCAAAUACAGUGCCCUCCGUAAUUAUUGGGUCAGUUGCACAUUAUUUGAUGUUUUGGCUCUGUACUCCAGCACUUUGGAUUUGAAAUGAUACGAGGUUAAAGUGCCGACUGUCAGCUUUAAUUUGAGGGUAUUUUCAUCCAUAUCGGGUGAACCGUUUAGAAAUUACAGCACUUUCUGUACAUAUACUAAUUGCUUAGGGGACACCCGACACCUGGAUUGUACAUUAUUUGCCCAUUAAUCUUUUCAAAAUUCUUCAAGCUCUGUCAAGGUGUUGGGGGUCAAGGCUAGACAGCAAUUUCUUGUUAUAGUUGUUAAAGUCUUGUUAUAGAUUUUCAAGCAGAUUCAAGUCAAAGCUGUUUCUUGGCCACUAGGAACAUUCACUGUUUUCUUGGUAAGCAACUCCAGUGUAGAUUUGGCCUUGUGUUGUAGGUUAUUGUCCUGCUGAAAGCUGAAUUCCUCUACCCAUGUCUGGUGUAAAGCAGACUGAAGCAGGUUUUCCUCUAGGAUUUUGCCCGUGCUUAGCUCCAUCCUGUUUAUUUUUAUCCUGAAAAACUCCCCAGUCUUUGCCGAUGACAAGCAUACACAUACCAUGAUGCAGCCACCACCAUGCUUGAAAAUAAGGAGGCAGUUACUCAGUGAUGUGUUGUGUUGGAUUUACCCCAAACAUAAGGCUUUGCAUUUAGGCCAAAAAGUGUAUUCCUUUGCCGUGAUUUUUUUCAGUAUUACUUUAGUGCCUUGAUGCAAGUUUUGGAAUAUUUGUAUUCUUCUUUUUACUCUGUCAUUUAGGUCAUUAUUGUGCAGUAACUACAAUGUUGUUGGUCUAUCCUCAGUUUUCUCUCUUCACAGCCAUUGAACCCUGUAGCUGUUUUUUAAAUCACCAAUGGCCUCAUUGUGACAUCCCUGAGCAGUUUUCUUUCUGUUCUGCAGCUCAGUUCAGAAGGACAACUGUAUAUUUGUUGUGUCUGGGUGGUUUAAUACAUCAUCCACAGCAUAAUUAUUAACUUGACUUUGCUUAAAGAUAUAUUCAAUGUCUGUUUUGUUAUUGUUACCCAUCUACCAAUCACUGCCCUUCUUAAUGAGGCUUUUGAAAAGCUCCCUGGUCUUUGUAGUUGAUUCUGUGCUUGAAAUGUAAUACUUGUCCGAGGGACCUUACAGAUGUUGUAUGUAUGGGGGACAGAGGAAGAGGUAGUCAUUCAAAAAUCAUUUCAACCCCUAUUAUUUCACACAAAGCAACUGUAACUUAUUAUGUGAUUUUUAAAGCAACAUUUUACUCCUGAACUAAUUUAGGCUUGCUAAACAAAAGGGGCAAAUACUUUUUCAACAACUAUAUUUUAGUCAAAAAAUUAUAUAAAAUGUGUUGACAUUUGUAGAAUUCUCUUUUCACUUUGACAUUAUGGAGUAGUUUGUGUAGAUCAAUGACAAAAAAUCACAACUAAAUCCAUUUCAAUCCCACUUUGUCACACAACAAAAUGUUUAAAAAAUCUAAGUGGGGUGAAUACUUAUGAUACCCACUGUAUAAUAUAAUAAUAAUAAUAAUAAUAAAGUAUAAGUCAUCUCGGGAAAAAAAUAAGCAAAUACCUUUCGCUACGGUUCUCAGUUUUGAUAUGACACAUUUUUAAAUUUAGAUUGUGAGUAUACAAUUUUUUUUAAAUUUAAAUUGUGAGUCAGUGUUGUAGUACUCGAGUGUCUCGGUCUUGUCUCGGUGUUGGGUACAUUUGUACUCGGUCUUGACUCGGUCUCGGACAGUGAGGACUCGUAAUUUCUUCCCGAGACCAGCGGAGUCAAAAACUCAUAAUUAUCAACUUCCAUUCAGUCAGCGCAUAAAACCUCUUAGCCAGGCCAAAUAUAUACACUCCUUUCUUGAAACAUUAAUACAGUAUCUUAACAGCCUUUAUAUCUAUUACAUGCAAGUUUGCGCAGUGGCAAAUCUAUAGGUCAGCAACCGUAAUACCAGCGCGCUCAUGUAGUAGUGCACUUUUUGUAAAACACAAAGGGCAAGUGGUGUAGCUGAGGCUAUACGCAGAUAUAACCCGUAUAUACCCUCUUUAUUUUCAGUGGGCAUUGCUUAUACUCACUUCUUAAUUCCAACUGAUGCAUAUCAAAGUAGUGUAGUGGAGGGAUACGAUUGAUCAAUUAUGUAGUACAAUAGAGAAAUCAUGCACAAAGUAGCCUACACAAUCGCGAAGCACGUGAAAUAUAUUCAAAUGCGCACCGCACACAUAGCCUAGUUUCAGUGGAAUUUCAUCUGCAGGCAGCAAGAGUGUGCAGCUCUCAACUGGUUUUGUCAUGGAGCAGCUCCCAGAAGAAUGACAUCGGUAGCCGGUAGGGUAGGAAAGACGUUUCAACUUAUGAUAUCUACCAGUAAAUGCUAAAUAAGGCAACAAUGGGUAUGCAAACCAGGUGUUGAAAAAGUUUAGUCCAAACUGUUGGUUAGUAGGCUAUUUGUGAUGUGCAAUUUCCAUCGUGCACUGUUUGCAUCAGGGGCGUAGACAUGGAUGGGGUGGACAGAGGCCCUCCCACUUGGGAGCCAGGCCCUAACAGGCCCACCCAAUCAGAUUGAUGUGGUUUAAGCAUUGUUGUGGACUUAGACCAUAAAAAAAAAAAAUUCUAUAGUGAAAUUCUAAAAAAUCUAUAGGAAAACAGGAUUUUUGCUGGGGGGACCGUUUGGGAACUUUUUGGCAAAAUUGGAAUAUACCCACUUCUCCAGGCACCACUACACCACUGCAUAGGGCCGAUGGAAAGGCAGCAGGCACACACAGCAUGAUGUUAAAGGAUAAGCAGUCCAUAAACUCGAACAUAAUAAACCAGUAGGUCCCAAUCAUAAGAAUACAAAACACAACCAUUAAGCAUUUCUCAAUCGAAAUGUACAACUAUUACUUACCAUAGCAAAAAAACUUUUCCUGUUCAGCACACAAAGUAACCUGUGACCUAAAGUUUAAAGUGGAACUGACAUAUAACUACUUUGCAGACACUGCUCCCCCACCCCACCCCAUCCCCCUCUUUUACGCUGCUGCUACUCUGUUUACUAUUUAUGCAUAGUCACUUUAACUCUACCCACAUUUACAUAUGACCUCAAUUACCUCGACUAGCCACACAUUGACUCUGUACCGGUACCCCCCUGUAUAUAGCCUCCCUACUGUUAUUUUAUUUUACUGCUGCUCUUUAGUUAGUUAUUUGCUUUUAUUUAUUUUUUACUUAACACUUUUUUUAUUUUACUUUUUUAUUUAAAAAACGGCAUUGUUGGUUAAGGGCUUGUAAGUAAGCGUUUCACUGUAAUGUCUACACCUGUUGUAGUCAGCGCAUGUGGCAAAUACAAUUUGAUUUUAUUUUAUUUGAAACAAACAGACAAUCAUAAUAUCAGUAAAAAAUAUAUCAAAUUCCCAGUUUCUGCUACAAAACCAACUUUAUAAGAGGGUUUAAAAAUAGACUCAACGUUCCAUGACGUACACUAAGGCAUUGUUGGCAGAAUAGAUGGAUGCAGUUCAAUGCAUCUUUCAUAUAAUUCACCAAUACAUUUCUUGGUAGUCCAAAACAUAUUGCUAUCAGGUUGUAAAUCACAGUUGGCCGGAUACAUUGUUUGCUGCCUCCAUUCGGGAUGCAAUGUUUCAGUUUCAAUGACUCAAUAUUCUGGACAAAAACAGAAGAAUGUAAUUAAGGCUGGGAAUGUCAAUACAAUCAAACUAGCAAGGGCAAUGAUCACGUCAGUCAUAACGUGGCUAAUAGGCUAGCGUAUCUAUUUAUGUAGCAAGCUAAAAACACAGAGCCUAACUCUGGCUAUCUACUCCGAUUUCAGAGCACUCUCAUCUGAGUAUGCCAGAGCGCAGAACUGAUUAAUUUACGAACUUGCAACAUCCGCUGAAUAUGACCGGUGUCAGUAAACAUAGACAAAAAAAGUAAUAGUUAGUCAAGAAUGCUCUAGAUAACAUGCAAACAACCUAACCAGCUCUGCUGAGGUGUUCCAAAAGUUUGCCCUAAUACAGUUGAAUGCAGAUGCCUUUAUCUAGCUUAUGAUGGCCUAGCCAAUGGCUGACUUAGCUAGAUGGAUUUAUCUCCCCAGAGACCAGCAAAGAAAAAUCCUGAUUGGAUAUUUUUUUUUAUCUGCAGUGUUAACCCUUUCCUUUCCCCCCCAAAACUGAAGAGAUUAAAUCUGAACAUCAUUGAAAAUAAUAAUAUAAUUAUCAUUAUUAUUAUUAUAUUAUUAUAAUCAUUAUUUUAUAAAUCCUUAGCCCUUCUAUGAAGGCGUAGAAUACCCAUAGUUCCCCACUGUGUUUGGGUUAAUAAUUUGUAGAGUGGCUCUAUUUUCCCUCAACAUGCAUUUUUUCACUAUUUUGAAUGUCUAAAGAAUCCAAAUGUUGUUCUGAAAUAUGAACAAAGAAAUACUGGACAUUUUGAACUCUUAUUAUGGUGGUGAUUUGACAAAAUUACAAUCACCAAAAAGACCAAGACCCCCCCCCCCCCCCCCCCCCCCGGUCUUGGUCUUGACUUGGACUCGAUUUGCUCCAGUCUUGGUCUUGAAUCAGUGUCACUUUAGGUGGUCUCGAACACAAUACUGUUGUGAGUAUACAAAACAUUAAGGACACCUUCUCUUUCAUUGACAUAGACUGACCAGGUGAAUUCAGGUGAAAGCUAUGAUCCCUUAUUGAUGUCACUUGUUAAAUCCACUUCAAUCAGUGUGUAAGGGGCAGCACAAGGGCAAGCCCGAGUCAGAUCCGGGAGGGAGUGGUCUGCGACAUGCCUCACUGUGAUGAAUGAAUGACCUGUCAACUCCCCACGCUCACACCCUGCCUCUCUUCUCUCUCAGAAGUUAGCAGCAACAGGCUAGAGUUCGAACUAGCCAAACGGCUUCAGGGUCUAUCAGUAUCUGUGGUAGUCAUGCCUUAUGAUUUAGUAAGAGUUAGGAGUGUCAUGAUUUGAGCCAUCCCCUGGCACCUUUGGGGCAGUUUAAGAGGUGUCAUCGACAGCUACCUAUGCUAUACAUUGUCCUGCUAUGUGAAUGUUGUGAUUAACAGAACACAUCAGCCCAUCCCUCUCUUACAGACGUUUCCCCUUGUUUAUUUCAAUACAGGCUUCAAAGGCUGAUCCCUUACCAGAAGAGGAUGUGCCUAUCAGCACCACCCCAUCAGAUUCCCCAGGAGCAAACAAGGUGUGUGUGUGUGUGUGCGUGAGUGUGUGUGUGUGUGUGUGUGUGUGCGUGCCUGUGUGCGGAUGUGUGCGUGUAGAGGAAACAAGGUGUGGCUGUUAAUCUCUUUUUUUGUUUUUAUACCCUGUUAUCUUGUAUAUACACUUACAGUAGCCUUUACUGCAUCAUUUGCUAUGAGUAGGCUAUAGAGCAUGUAUAUGAAAUGCUUCUCGAUUAUGCAGAGGGAUUCAUUGUGUGAAUAUCUGUCAUUUCUAUGAGCGAUGUAGCAUUAGCACAUUAGACAUUUACAUUUACAUUACAUUUUAGUCAUUUAGCAGACGCUCUUAUCCAGAGCGACUUACAGGAGCAAUUAGGGUUAAGUGCCUUGCUCAAGGGCACAUUUACGUCAUUUAGCAGACGCUCUUAUCCAGAGCGACUACAAAUUGGUGCAUUCACCCUAUAGCCAGUGGGAUAACCACUUUACAAUUAUACUAUUUUAUUUUUUUUAUUUUUUUUUUUUGGGGGGGGGAGGGGUAGAAGGAUUACUUUAUCCUAUCCCAGGUGUUCCUUAAAGAGGUGGGGUUUCAAAUGUCUCCGGAAGGUGGUGAGUGACUCCGCUGUCCUGGCGUCGUGAGGGAGCUUGUUCCACCAUUGGGGUGCCAGAGCAGCGAACAGCUUUGACUGGGCUGAGCGGGAACUAUGCUUCCGCAGAGGAAGGGGAGCCAGCAGGCCAGAGGUGGAUGAACGCAAUGCCCUCGCCUGGGUGUAGGGACUGAUCAGAGCCUGAAGGUACGGAGGUGCCGUUCCCCUCACUGCUCCAUAGGCAAGCACCAUGGUCUUGUAACGGAUGCGAGCUUCAACUGGAAGCCAGUGGAGUGUGCGGAGAAGGGGGGUGACGUGAGAGAACUUGGGAAGGUUGAACACCAGACGGGCUGCGGCAUUCUGGAUGAGUUGUAGGGGUUUAAUGGCACAGGCAGGGAGCCCAGCCAGCAGCGAGUUGCAGUAAUCCAGACGGGAGAUGACAAGUGCCUGGAUUAGGACCUGUGCCGCUUCCUGUGUAAGGCAGGGUCGUACUCUCCGAAUGUUGUAGAGCAUGAACCUGCAGGAUCGGGUCACCGCCUUGAUGUUAGCGGAGAACGACAGGGUGUUGUCCAGGGUCACGCCAAGGCUCUUCGCACUCUGGGAGGAGGACACAACGGAGUUGUCAACCGUGAUGGCGAGAUCAUGGAACGGGCAGUCCUUCCCCGGGAGGAAGAGCAGCUCCGUCUUGCCAGGGUUCAGCUUGAGGUGGUGAUCCGUCAUCCAUACUGAUAUGUCGGCCAGACAUGCAGAGAUGCGAUUCGCCACCUGGUUAUCAGAAGGGGGAAAGGAUAAGAUUAGUUGUGUAUCGUCAGCGUAGCAAUGAUAGGAGAGGCCAUGUGAGGAUAUGACAGAGCCAAGUGACUUGGUGUAUAGGGAGAAAAGGAGAGGGCCUAGAACUGAGCCCUGGGGGACACCAGUGGUGAGAGCACGUGGUGCGGAGACAGCUUCUCGCCACGCCACUUGGUAGGAGCGACCGGUCAGGUAGGACGCAAUCCAGGAGUGAGCCGCGCCGGAGAUGCCCAGCUCGGAGAGGGUGGAGAGGAGGAUCUGAUGGUUCACUGUAUCAAAGGCAGCAGACAGGUCUAGAAGGACAAGAGCAGAGGAGAGAGUUAGCAAUACACUAUUUACUCCUGGCCCGCUGCCUGGUCAGAGGAGGACACACACACACACACACACACACACACACACACUAGUCGACUCCGCUGAGGCUUUUUAUGCGAAGAAGUGUUGUUCAGAGCUACAGGGUUAAAAACUGUCUACUUGUCCUUUUGUUUGUUGUUGAUGUUGUUGUUUGUUUUUGUUGUUUUCUAGAGCUUGCCGUUUCGUUACCCCCAGGCUGGGAAGAGAGAGGAUGCAGUAUCUCUUAGGAAGCAUUUGGGACAUACCAGGUGAGGCUGCUGUGUGUGUGUAUGUGUAUAUGUGUGUGUGUGUGUGUGUGUGUGUGUGUGUGUGUGUGUGUGUGUGUGUGUGUGUGUGUGUGUGUGUGUGUGUGUGUGUGUGUGUGUGUGUGUGUGUGUGUGUGUGUGUGUGUGUGUGUGUGUGUGUGUGUGUGUGUGUGUGUGUGUGUGUGUGUGUGUGUGUGUGUGCGCGCGCGCGCGUGCGUGCGUGCGUGUUAAUUAUUUUACCAGAGACUGUCUAUUGACUCUGCCUAAUUUAAUUUCACAUAUUGCCAUCAGCACAUCUCGAUACAUCAUAUUUUCCCUAGAUAAGCCAUUAUAUCACUCUUAUACAAAAAUGUAAUCACUCAUAUUUUAAAGCUCCUGAACAGUCAUUCUGAAAUGUACUUUUUCUCUAAUGGUUAUUUACCAGGAAGUUUGAAAAGACAGGCUGAGUGAGCGGGUGCUUAUAUUCAUGAGCUCGCCUUGACUGACAGCUCUUUGAAACACCUACUGUAAGUCAAGCAACUUGGAUGCAGUGAGCAGUGUUGCAGUAAAAUCAUCUCAAGUACAUUUGGUGAUACACAAAGCAACUCAAACAACAUUGAAAUUGCAUCAAGUAUCUAUUAAAAAAUAUAUAUAUAUACAUCUCCCAUUUCGCAUGUCUCUUGUGAUGCGGUUCACAGCAGCAGCAACUGAUGUGUUGACUUGAUAACUGCAUCAGAGUUUUGAACGACCCUUCACCCCCAUUUUGUUCCAUGCUGGCUGAAGACCUAGCUAGCCAGUAACUAGCUAACACCUGACACAGAUGAAAGGGGAAACAUACAGUGAGGGAAUUAAGUAUUUGAUCCCCUGCUGAUUUUGUACGUUUGCCCACUGACAAAGACAUGAUCAGUCUAUAAUUUUAAUGGUAGGUUUAUUUGAACAGUGAGAGACAGAAUAACAACAAAAAAAUCCAGAAGAACGCAUGUAAAAAAAAAUAUUAUAAAUUGAUUUGCAUUUUAAUGAGGGAAAUAAGUAUUUGACCCCUCUGCAAAACAUGACUUAGUACUUGGUGGCAAAACCCUUGUUGGCAAUCACAGAGGUCAGACGUUUCUUGCAGUUGGCCACCAGGUUUGCACACAUCUCAGGAGGGAUUUUGUCCCACUCCUCUUUGCAGAUCUUCUCAAAGUCAUUAAAGGUUUCGAGGCUGACGUUUGGCAACUCGAACCUUCGGCUCCCUCCACAGAUUUUCUAUGGGAUUAAGGUCUGGAGACUGGCUAGAUCACUCCAAGACCUUAAUGUGCUUCUUCUUGAGCCACUCCUUUGUUGCCUUGGCCGUGUGUUUUGGGUCAUUGUCAUGCUGGAAUACCCAUCCACGACCCAUUUUCAAUGCCCUGGCUGAGGGAAGGAGGUUCUCACCGAAGAUUUGACGGUACAUGGCCCCGUCCAUCGUCCCUUUGAUGCAGUGAAGUUGUCCUGUCCCCUUAGCAGAAAAACACCCCCAAAGCAUAAUGUUUCCACCUCCAUGUUUGACGGUGGGGAUCAUAGGCAGCAUUCCUCCUCCUCCAAACACGACGAGUUGAGUUGAUGCCAAAGAGCUCGAUUUUGGUCUCAUCUGACCACAACACUUUCACCCAGUUCUCCUCUGAAUCAUUCAGAUGUUCAUUGGCAAACUUCAGACGGGCAUGUAUAUGUGCUUUCUUGAGCAGGGGGACCUUGCGGGCGCUGCAGGAUUUCAGUCCUUCACGGCGUAGUGUGUUACCAAUUGUUUUCUUGGUGACUAUGGUCCCAGCUGCCUUGAGAUCAUUGACAAGAUCCUCCCGUGUAGUUCUGGGCUGAUUCCUCACCGUUCUCAUGAUCAUUGCAACUCCACGAGGUGAGAUCUUGCAUGGAGCCCCAGGCAGAGGGAGAUUUACAGUUAUUUUGUGUUUCUUCCAUUUGCCAAUAAUCGCACCAACUGUUGUCACCUUCUCACCAAGCUGCUUGGCGAUGGUCUUGUAGCCCAUUCCAGCCUUGUGUAGGUCUACAAUCUUGUCCCUGACAUCCUUGGAGAGCUCUUUGGUCUUGGCCAUGGUGGAGAGUUUGGAAUCUGUUUGAUUGAUUACUUCUGUGGACAGGUGUCUUUUAUACAGGUAACAAACUGAGAUUAGGAGCACUCCCUUUAAGAGUGUGCUCCUAAUCUCAGCUCGUUACCUGUAUAAAAGACACCUGGGAGCCAGAAAUCUUUCUGAUUGAGAGGGGGUCAAAUACUUAUUUCCCUCAUUAAAAUGCAAAUCAAUUUAUAACAUUUUUGACAUGCGUUUUUCUGGAUUUUUUUGUUGUUAUUCUGUCUCUCACUGUUCAAAUAAACCUACCAUUAAAAUUAUAGACUGAUCAUUUAUUUGUCAGUGGGCAAACGUACAAAAUCAGCAGGGGAUCAAAUACUUUUUUCCCUCACUGUAUAAGUAUCUUUGCCAUAGAUGAAUAGGGUGAACUUUUAAUGAUAUUUGCUGACACUCUACAGUCAAUUCUUGGCACCAGUAGAGUAGCUAUCUAGCUAUAUAAACCACGCCCCUCUGCAAACACGCCUUCUCCGGCCUUAGUUUCAAAGCGGUACUUAUUUAAAUUAGGUAAGAGAAUAUCAUGUUACCAUUGGUGUAUUAAAAUGAGAGUUAAGGUGAUGUCACCUUUUCCCCUUAAUAAUGAAUCCAAAUGUUUGACAUGGGGGAGGGGACCAGUAACUUUAUGAUUAAACUUUAUCAAUGUAGAAGCAACAGUCAUUUUUCAUACUUUGAUCAUCAUACUUUGAUCUGGUUUCCUUAAAAUAUCAUCAAAUUUCAUGAAAAACUUGAUUUUGACUGUUCAUUACCUUUAAUACACGUCUCUACAUUACAUAGGUAAAUGUCAUGGUCAGGAUGACAAUAAAUCCGCUUUCUUACAUCAACAGCUGUGGCCAAUGGGCUGUUUUACAAGACCACUAAAAAACAAAUUAAAUCAUGUUUAAUUCAUCAAACAAACAUGUAGACGAUGUACAGUUGAAGUCGGAUGUUUACAGACACUUAGGUUGGAGUCAUUAAAACUCGUUUUUUCAACCACUCCACAAAUUUCUUGUUAACAAACUAUAGUUUUGGCAAGUCGGUUAGGACAUCUACUUUGUGCAUGACAUAAGUCAUUUUUCCAACAAUUGUUUACAGACAGAUUAUUUCACUUAUAAUUCACUGUAUUACAAUUCCAGUGGGUCAGAAGUUUACAUACACUAAGUUGACUGUGCCUUUAAACAGCUUGGAAAAUUCCAGAAAAUGAUGUCAUGGCUUUAGAAGCUUCUGAUAGGCUAAUUGACAUAAUUUGAGUCAAUUGGAGGUGUACCUGUAAAUGUAUUUCAAGGCCUACCUUCAAACUCAGUGCCUCUUUGCUUGACAUCAUGGGAAAAUCAAAAUAAAUCAGCCUAGACCUCAGGGGAAAAAAAUGGUAGACCUCCACAAGUCUGGUUCAUCCUUGGGAGCAAUUUCCAAACGCCUGAAGGUACCACGUUCAUCUGUACAAACAAUAGUACGCAAGUAUAAACACCAUGGGACCACGCAGCCGCUCAGGAAGGAGACUCGUUCUGUCUCCUAGAGAUGAACGUACUUUGGUGCGAAAAGUGCAAAUCAAUCCCAGAACAACAGCAAAGGACCUUGUGAAGAUGCUGGAGGAAACAGGUACAAAAGUAUCUAUAGCCACAGUAAAACGAGUCCUAUAUCGACAUAACCUGAAAGGCCGCUCAGCAAGGAAGAAGCCACUGCUCCAAAACCGCUAUAAAAAAGCCAGACUACGGUUUGCAACUGCACAUGGGGACAAAGAUCAUACUUUUUGGAGAAAUGUCCUCUGGUCUGAUGAAACAAAAAUAUAACUGUUUGGCCAUAAUGACCAUCGUUAUGUUUGGAGGAAAAAGGGGGUGCUUGCAAGCCGAAGAACACCAUCCCAACCGUGAAACACGGGAGUGGCAGCAUCAUGCUGUGGGGGUGCUUUGCUGCAGGAGGGACUGGUGCACUUCACAAAAUAGAUGGCAUCAUGAGGAAGGAAAAUUAUGUGGAUAUAUUGAAGCAACAUUUCAAGACAUCAGUCAGGAAGUUAAAGCUUGGUCGCGAAUGGGUUUUCCAAAUGGACAAUGACCCCAAGGAUACUUCCAAAGUUGUGGCAAAAUGGCUUAAGGACAACAAAGUCAAGGUAUUGGAAUGGCCAUCACAAAGCCCUGACCUCAAUCAUAUAGAAAAUGUGUGGGCAGAACUGAAAAAGCGUGUGUGAGCAAGGAGGCCUACAAACCUGACUCAAUUACACCAGCUCUGUUAGGAGGAAUGGCCCAAAAUUCACCCAACUUAUUGUGAGAAGCUUGUGGAAGGCUACCCGAAACGCUUUGACCCAGGUUAAACAAUUUAAAGGCAAUGCUACCAAAUACUAAUUGAGUGUAUGUAAACUUCUGACCCACUGGGAAUGUGAUGAAAGAAAUAAAAGCUGAAAGAAAUCAUUCUCUCUACUUUUAUUCUGACAUAUCACCUUCUUAAAAUAAAGUGGUGAUCCUAACUGACCUAAGACAGGGAAUUUUUACAAGGAUUAAAUGUCAGGAAUGAAUGGAGUUUAAAUGUAUUUGGCUAAGGUGUAUGUAAACUUCCGACUUCAACUGUAAAUGAGGUUGGAUGAAGAAGCUGCAUAGGCAACCAAGUGCGUCCCAAAUGGCACCCUAUUCCCUAUAUAGUGCAUAACUUUUGACCAUGGCCCAUAGGGGUCUGGUCAAAAGUAGUGCACGAUGUAGGGAAUAAAUAGGGUGGCAAUUGGGACGCAGCCAUGGUAUCUAUCAAGUAUCAUGGGAUGUGAAACAGAUUUCCCCAUUGAAGUGCUGAUUGCUGUGUUAUUUUAGAAACAGGCAGCCCUGUGAUGUAUGAUGUAGAUAUCUGAAGAGAUGCUUGGCGAGCCAUGAGAAGAUCUGAUUAUACAUAACAAGGAAACCCAGUGGAGAAUGCAUACCACCAGAGAUACUGAUGUAUUCAGUCAUACCAGAGGAAUAGAAGCUCUGCAUAUGACUACCAUGAUUAUUAAAGAGUGUGUCCCAAAUGGCACCCUUUUCCCUAUGUAGUGGAUUACUUUUGACCAGGGUCCAUAUAGGGCUCGGGUCAAAAGUAGUAUACUAUGUAGGGAAUAGGGUGCCAUUUGGGAGGUACCCAAUGUGUUUUCUGUCAGCAAAAAAUGGCAACGUCCUUUUCUGUGUCCUACUGUAAACGUUACUAAUAACAAAUAUUGAUGGUGACCAUUUUUGUGAUAUGAUAAGAGAAUUACCUUUGCUGGUAUCAUAUUAUAUUUCAUUUUAUGGCUUACGAAACUACAUGCGCUAUUUCUUCUGUAUACAAUACAAAAAAUAGGGUAUCAAGUCUUCCCAAAUAUAAAAAUACUGUAAAGGGGUAGGCUAUUACCACUGAAGCCCCUCUCUAUUUUUCGCACAGAGGGAAAACAGACACUAUUCAUUAGGGCUAUUUCUCCUUUUCUCUCCUUCUAAAACGGUAACCUUUCCUCUCCUCAAACACCUGUAUGAAUUAUUCAAUAAUCUGGGUUUUAUAAGAAGCUGUCAGAAAUGUCAGCCGUUUUGGGGACGCCCUUGGAUGUCCUGAGAGGGUGUAGUCUGUCUGCACACCCUGUGGUGAAGCUGAGAGUUGUUAUAUACACACACACUCACACACACACACACACAGACACACACACACCAAAUGCCACGUCUGGUCUGUGCCAGGUAUCUGCUGCCUGCAGGACACAGUGAUGAGAGAAUGUGCCCGCCCCACAGCGGACAAACAAUCUGUUGCAUUUCAACACUACAUUGAGAGGAUAUAAUUUCAAUUCCUGUCAGCUGAAUUGGACAUGGAAUUUCUCCAUAGGACUGCAAUUCAAUCCCUUAACUAACUUUAAUGUAGGUGGAAUUUACCCCAAUUAACAGUUAGGACGGACCUUGUUCUGAACAUGGAUAUUUUCACAUUUCUCCCUUUUACAUGUAGAGCCAUUUCAGAUUGGCCUUCUCUCUGUAUAGAGACACAAAGCUUCAGUGCCAGAUCACUGUAUCACUACUUCUCAAUUUGUGAACUACAUGCCUUUGGUUGCCUAGCAACAGGCUAACUGCCACCCAAGAGCUCUUCAGAUCUGACCUGUUGAAGAAAUCAACAGAGUAACGGUGCUCAUUUACCAACCGAACACUGUGAAUUAUUUAAACGACUGUAAAGAAUUCCUUUCAUACUCACGUAUUGGCAUAUCACCUAUGUUAAACACAAUUUUUCAGUGUUUCUGUCACCUUUGACAUAGUCUGGCUUACCAGCGUCAUAGCUAACUUUUGCGCUGUUCUUUUUAAAAAUUGUUUUUUUACUUUCUGUUGGUGAUUUGCAAAUAUCAGGUUUAGACCAAGUUUUGAGGAUAGCAAAAUGAUAUUGAUUGGAAGCUCAAUGCUUACAAGAUGUUAAACGUACAUCACUGAAAUCACUGGUACACUAGACCUGAUCUGAACGCUGCUUUGUGUGUAUCAACAACCAGCCUUAUUAGCCUUCUUUAAGAUGCAUUUAGCCAUUGGAGUUCCAAUAUUCUAUAGCCACAGCAAUGCAACCUACACACAUUAUCUGCAUCCCAAAAGGCACCCGACUCCCUAGUGCUCUACUUUUGACCAGGGCCCAUAGGGCUCCCAUAGGGAAUAGAGUUCCUUUUGGGAUGAAGACUAAUUGAUUCAGUGGUGAUGCACCACAAGUGGCUCUCUGGCUUCAACACCUGAGACUUAAGGGCAAUGGUAGACUCAGAUACUGCCUUUGUCUAGUCAAGGGCACUUUCAUACAGUAACACAAAGAAAAAUAGAGAGAUACUUGCCCACUGUCCAUACACACAACACUGUGCUGUUGCUGUCAACAGUAUGUGUGGAAUACCAUAUGGCAACUGAUCUGAGAAUGUGUUGCUGCUGUGAUGCUAUGAUUCACUACAGAUGCUGAUUGAUGGAUCGAAAGAUGCUUUGAUAAAGGCAUGGCAGCAUUCUGGAUUAAGACAUCGCACGUGGGAUUUGAUAGGGAGAGUCACUGAUCUGGAGUGGGCUGUGGUAUCACAAAUAGAGCAAGCAGGGGAUGCUUCAGAUUUAAGCAAUGUUCAGCCUGAAACGAAACAGAGCAAAUUAACAUUAAAGAGCUCAAACACUGAUGCCCUCCAUGAGUGUGUGUGUGUGUGUGUGUGUGUGUGUGUGUGUGUGUGUGUGUGUGUGUGUGUGUGUGUGUGUGUGUGUGCCUUGUGGGCGUGCGGGCGUGUGUGCCAGUAUGAACAGUGAUGCCGUCCGAAUCUGCAGCGUUUGUCUGUUUGGCUCCACUCCUGGGGGAAGUAUUGCCAGCCAGCUGCUCACUAGAUGAGGAAUAAUGAUUUAAAUAGGAGAGGGCUCUAACAUAUACAAGCCUCUUGUUUUUUGUUGUUGUCCUAUCUGACAAAAGGCUUGAAAGAGAGAAUUAUUCCACAGUUGGGUCUUUUUAUCUCAUCUGGUGUCAUUUAACUGGCUGUCAUUGACACAAGUACAAGAUGUAUCGUGUGUUCAAGAUCAGUUAAAACUCCACAAGUACUCAUUUUGGAAAAUGUGUACUUUAUUAUAGCUUUAAUUUAGACCAACGCAUGACCAGCACUUACAGUAGGUGUGUACUAUAGUAUACAAUUGUGACCUACACUCCAUUCUAGCAGACACUCUUAUCCAGAGCAAUUAGGGUUAAGUGCCUUGCUGAAGGGUGCAUCAACUGAUUUUUCACUUAGCCAGCUCUGGGAUUCGAACCAGCAACCUUUCAGUUAUCGGCCCAACGCUCUUAACCGCUAGGCUACAUGCUGCCCUAUGUCUUUUGGAAUGACCAAUGCGUGACCAGCACUUACAGUACAGUAAGCCUGUACCGUAGUAUACGAUUGAGACCUAUACUCCAUUCUAGCAGAUUAUUAGAAGCAAUAGAAUCAUGCUCUUUGCCCCACUACCAAGGCUCCUUACUAAUGUGUGAUGAUUAAGAAACACUGAGGCGUAUUACAGUUAAUUCAGCCGCAAAGUCAAACCAUGGCUUUGACACUUCAGUGUGUGUGCACGCGUGCUCGUGUGCCUCCGUGUGUUCGUGCAUCCACGUGUGUGUGCAUGCCUGCGUAUCCAAGUGUGUGUGUUUUAAUUUCCACCAGUAGCAUAUUAAUGCGAAGUAAUGACGCAUGCAGCCACCGGUGAAAACCAGCAGACAUGGUUUGGAAAGGAAGGGAAAGGUUAUGGGAUGGUGCUAAAUCACUGUAAUGAAACCAUUAGUUUGCCACACGUCACAUAUUUCUCCCAUAAUUCUCUAUUUAGGGAUAUCAUUUCAGCCUGCUGCCGCUGUGAUGAUUUAGAGACUUGGUCCACUCUGAUUGGGGUGAUUUAGAGACCUGGUCCAUUCUGAUUGGUGUGAUUUAAAGACCUGGUCCACUCUGAUUGGUGUGAUUUAGAGACCUGGUCCACUCUGAUUGGUGUGAUUUAAAGACCUGGUAACUCCAUAAUGCUGUGAUCUAUGACAGGGUAUCUGCUGUCUGCUUAGGAAUUACACAGGUGAUGUACAUCCUCAAUUGACUGCUGUAUAUAGAGUCGGUCCUAUUCUAUUUUUGGGUUGGGUGCUAUUUUCGGUCACGGUAGUACGAAGGGAUUUAACAUAUUUGUGACUCUUUUUGUGUUUGUAACAGAAGUGGUUUCUGGGAAUCUUGGUGGCAUGAUGAGUUACUGCCUAGGCUUCAGGUUUUAACACAAUCUUGUGACAUGUAGAUGACCCACUCUCAAGCCCAGUCAGUCACCUGCUGUAUCGGUAUGUACAGUAUCCAUAUACUCAUCUCGUGAGUGUGUGUUAUACCUCUGUCCCCCAGCCGUUUGGUGUCAGCGGUCAGGCAGGGCCGGGGUUACUUCCACCUCCUCCAGAAGGAGGAGCAGGAACAGGAGGAGGCUCAGCAGAGGGAGCAGAAGAGGAGAGAGGAGUGGCAGCGUGUCCAGCCCCGACCUCCCUGCUCAGAGUCUGACUCUGACAUCGACUCAGGGAGGAAGAAGGACCAGUCAGCUCGACCUUUCACCCCCAUCCACCGCUCCCUGACUUCCCUUCAGGUCCCCGAGGCACCACAGUGA